CUUGUUCAUAUUGCCUCAAUAAACACCAAAAAUAGCAAAGUUAGAGAAAGAGGGAGAGACAACUUUUAAGUGCCUGAGCCAAUUUUUCCUAAUUGGAGGUCAUCAAUUGAAGUAUAAGAAGAUAAGUUUGAAGACACCAUUUUUCAUUUCAAGAUUGCUACUUUACUUAAAAGGCCGCCCACUAAUUAAUUGAUUAAGGUCAUUUAUCCACUAGAAAACCCAAGGAAUUUAUUGUGCAACUAAUUAAGAUGAUGGCAUUUGUUGGAGUCUUUGGAAGGAACCAAUACAGAAACAAAAGGACUUUGAAAACUUAGGAGAGAACGUAGAUUAAUCCGGUAGAUUUGUUACGGAUAGGGAAUUUGAUUUUUUAGAUGGAUUACAUAGUUGGGCCGAUGCGAUAGCAAUAACAAUGGGUUUUUCAAUUUAUACGUGCUUCAUAUAAACAAAAAGAAGGACGUUCUAGAGUUAGUGUGUAUUUAAGAUGUUACCGCUAUGAUAAUAUUAUGGGUGACUUACAUAAUCUAGAUAAUGCUGCCCGAUCUGGUUCUAAAAGUUUAAGUUGUGGGUGUAAAUUUUUAAUUGUAGUAAGUAGUCAUAAACCUAGAGAAAGACCUUGGACGAUAAGGGUAUGUUCUGGUGAAAAAGGAAGAUAUAACCACCCGUUUUUAAUGUACAGAGAUGGUCAUGUAAUGGCAAAUAAAAUCAAUGUAGAUAUUCGUGAGCACAUACGACAGCUUAGUGCAACCGGCCUUUAUCAUAACUUUUAUUAGAGAAAAUUUUCCUGGUUUUUACUACUAUGAAUCAGAUUUAUAAUGCUAGGCAAUCAAUAAGGAGGGAAGAAAUGGAGGGUAAGACUCCCCUUCAACACUGUCUUUAUAUGGCCACAGAACUUAAUUACGUGGUCUGGACAGACUUGGAUAAUGAAGGGGGAUUGAGCAGAUUAUUAGUUGCAAAUCCUACCUCUAUCCAAAUGAUCGUACGUGGCCGUAUGUUGUGUUGAUAGAUACAACAUACAAAACAAACAAACAAAAGUGGCCACUGGGUGAAGUCAUCGGAAUGACUCCAACCAAUCACAACUUCUUGGUAGUGUUCUGUUUGAUGCGAGAUGAGACGACUGUGUCAUAUUCGUGGGUGUUGCAGGAUUGAGAGAUAUUUUUGGCGCAGCUCAUACUCCUAGCGUCAUUGUAACCGAUCGAGAUGAAUGUUUAUCUGCAGCUAUUCGUGACGUCUUCCCAAAUGUGCAUCAUUUUUUAUGCAUUUGACAUAUUGCAAAUGAAGUUGAGAAUAUGGUGGACAUGUUGUGCGGCGGUAAAAGAAAUCAACAAGGGUAUGUAUUUAGGAAAAGUAGAUGGAACCCCUUGGUUGAAAGUUCUACAAUUGACGAAUUUUAAUAGAGAUGGCAAUCGAUCGUGACUACCUAGUCGGUUAGGAACAAAAAGUUCAUUCGGUAUUUGGCUGGAACAUGGAUUCGACUUAGAGAGAAAUUUGUGCGUGCGUGGACGAAUGAAUGUUUACACAUGGGUAACCAGACUACCAACAGAGUUGAAAGCCAACACUCGUCUUUCAAGUAUUAUCUUGGUAGCGGUAGUAGCUCAUUUGAUACCUUGUUCAAAAGGGCACACACAGAUUACAAACGAGCAAGUCAGGAUCCGACAAGCACUACAGGAAUCCAUGAAUUCUGUAGCAAAGUUGCUGCGAAAAAUUUUCUUUAGACCUUUAUAUCGCCUUCUAUGCCUUGGAGCAACUGCGGCUUGAGCAGUAACCGUAUGUUAGAUUUGGGUGAUUAUGUACUUAACAAAUGCGGUUCUGUACUUCAACGCACCCAUGGAUUGCUGUGUGCUUGUUUUUUAUAUAUGUCCAUCGGUUCACAAAGUGCUUUGUAUUUGGAUGACAUUCAUCCAUUCUGGAGUACUUUGACGUAUACAGAGGUAGGAGAUGACAACAACGAAGGAGUACGAUACGCGAAUGCCGAUGACAAAGAUUACUUUCAAUCUUUGGUCGAUGAAGUCCAAAAAUCUGAACCCGCAGUUGUACGACGCUUGUCUCAGGUAUUUGAGUAUGAACUGCACCCUGAUGGAGCCGAUAUACCUGAGCCUUACGCAAGUCCACCUAGAAAGGGAAGACCAACCACAAGAAAAACCCUUAUAAGAAAUAAAAACGCAUUUGAAUAUAGCAAAUCAUCUUCUCAUGGUCGAGGGUCUAGAUCUUCAUCCCACGGGAUAUCUAGUGGUAGAUCUAGUGGUCGAGAAACGCAAUCCUCAGUUGGAAUUAAGUUUAGUUUCAAUUUAUCCGAUGAUCCAGGAGGUCGUGAUUUUUCACUGUUUUUCAUGGCCUAGUCACAUCCCGUACAUUCUUCCUCCUUACUUGUUUGAUUAGAUUGAUGUCUUAAGUGACGGUAACUGUGGAUUUAGAGCUAUUGUCGCCACAGAGUUGGGAGGUGAGGAGGCAUGGCCUCUUUUAAGACGUGCUAUGUGUAUGGAAAUGCAAAUGAACAGAGACCAAUACCUAAGUUUGUAUCUAUCGCAGGAGUUGUUAGACGAUGCUAUAUUCAGAAUUUGUUCAGACGGCAAUGUACCUGCUCCUUAUAUUCACUAGAUGGAUGCACCGAUGGCAUUGUACUCUGCAGCAACGUUUCUUAACAUUGCCAUUGUAUAUUAUGGUUCUGCUGACGGUUAGCCGUUGUAUAACUGUUUAGUUCUUUCGUUAAAGAAAGCAUCGGGCGUGCAUAGUAUAAAUAAAGUUAUACAUAUAUGUUGGGUGAAUGGAAAUCAUUGUUCAACUAUUAAUGAACGACGAUUCAUCUGCACUGCCGCCAGUCCAUCAACGUUAGAGAGAAGCAGUUGACAAUAUUUCCAGACAUAUAGAAACACAUUUUACUAGUAGGAUUAUGCUUUGGAAUAAACUAUGCGGGCCACGACCACCACAACGUAAUAACACAGCUGAAGAUGCUGUAAAUUUAGAUAGUCCAUAGUGUAAUGUGAUGUGUAAAUUAUUAUUCAGUUUUACUAUAGAAAUUAUAGAUGGGAUUCAAUUUGUAGAUAGUCCAUAGUUAUACUAUUGUGUACGUCAUUACUAUAGAAAUUGUAGAUGAAAUUCAAUAUGUAUAAUAAUGUUGUAAACUAAUAAAAGCAUUGAUGUAAACAUGAA